CAUUUUUCUCACAUUUCAAAGUUCAAAACCCAAAAUACGAGAGAACAGAUUCUCUCUAUAUUUUCCUUCACUUCCUCUCUUCUUCUUUAUCUUCUCCUUUGGUCAUUUUUCGAACACUGAGAAGGAAGCAGAAGCUGGCACGAAACGACGUCGUAGAAAGAAGCUCGUGUCUCUCUUCGCCUCAACCCUUGAAAUCUCCAGGAUAUGUGAAACUUGCAAAAAGCAGCAUGGGGAAUGACGUAUUUGAUGGGCAGAUAUUAGCAGAGAAGUUGUGGAAACUCAACAAUUCUCAACAAAGCAUUGAAUCAUUAUCCCGCUUGUGUGUUUCUCACCGGAAGAGAGCAAAAGAGAUAGUUGAAACAUGGGAUAAAUUGUUCAGCUCUUCGCAGAAAGAGCAGCGCAUCUCUUUUCUAUACUUGGCGAAUGACAUAUUGCAAAAUAGUAGAAGGAAGGGCAGUGAAUUCGUUAAUGAAUUCUGGAAAGUUCUUCCCACAUCUCUCAGGCGUGUUUAUGAAAGCGAUGAGCUUGGAAAGAAAGUAGUAACCAGACUUUUUGAUGUAUGGGAGGAGAGGAAGGUUUUUGGUUCACGCGGUCAGGUUCUUAAAGAUGAAAUAAUGGGUAAGAAUACACUUCCAUCAUCUACAAGCAACGGGAAAAGUUCAAAUCCUAUCAAGAUAGUGAAGAGGGAUGCCCACUCUGUGAGAUUAAAAUUGGCUGUUGGGUGCUUACCAGAAAAGAUACUCACAUCAUUGCAUUCUAUUCAUGACAAACAUCUUAGUGAGGAAGCUGCGCUGGACAAGUGUAAUACUGUUGUACAUCAAGUGGAUAAACUUGUAGAAGAUGCUGAAAAUACAUUGGCUCAAGGAAAUCAGCUGGGAUCCACAUUUGUAAAUGACUUGCAAGAGCAGGAAGAGGAACUCAAACAAUAUAUGGUGCAUCUUGAAACUGCUGAGGCGGACAGGGCUAGUUUGCUUUCCCAACUUAAAGAUGCACUGCAGGAACAGGAAUCAAGGCAACAUCUUCUUCACAACCAGUUACUGGCUGCACGAGGCCUGAUUGAGCAAGUAGCCAGUAUCAGGAAGAGGCUUGGCCUAGCACCAGAAGGCACAAGGGUGUUGGAGCAAAAUCUUCCUUCAGUUCAACAACCAAACAGUACUCCUCUUCAGCCUUCUUUUUCCCAACCUUCUAUUUCUUUUGCUCCUCUUCAAACUACUGAAGAAGAUAAGAAAGCAGCAGCAGCUGCUGUUGCUGCUAAGCUUGCUGCCUCUACAUCCUCUGCCCUUAUGCUCACAUCUGUUCUUUCUUCCCUCGUUGCUGAAGAAGCUGCCUCUAUGAAUGGUAGCUUAAAUUCUACUGGGUUUCCUGUUUUCAAUCCAGAGAAAAGACCCAAACUUGAAAAACAAAUACCUGUUUCUGAGGUUAAUAGUAAUGAUACAGGGAGCUCUUCUUUUUUCAGCACUUUACAAAAAUCAUCAGUGGCAAAUGUGUCACUAACACAAUCAGCCAGCUUGCAACCCAUAUCGCAACCCAAUCAAUUACAAGCUGCAUUUGCUUCAGGUCCCCCACCCCCUCCUCAUUCCCCAGUGAGUCCACCAGCAAAUCAGUAUGUUCAAUCUACUGGAUUGAUGGUUGGGGGAAUUCCUUAUGCAUAUGGAUCAAACAACCUACCACCUCCACCUCCUUUACCUCCUCAUGUGGCAAUGGGGUUGUCGAGGCCCAGCACUCAGCCAUCACAAUCACAAGCUCAGCAAGCGCAGCAGCAACAGCAGUCAUCGACUGGAGGAUUUUACAGGCCUCCAGGCAUAGGUUUUUAUGGGCAAAGCCAUUCAUCAACAUCAGCCGCGCCACUACCUAGACCGUGAGCAUUAUUCAAAUGUUCAACAGCUAUGAUUGCUGCAAUCUUUGUAUCAAGUUCCUUUUGUGAAACUGCUGUACACAGGUUUUUCCUGGAGGCUGUGUAAUAGUGUACAUUAGUAGAAAGUUAGAUGUGGCAAGGAAAUUGUAACAUUAUGGGCCCCCCUCCCCCACACCGUAAUCUCAUGAAUCUGAGUUUUAGGUUUUAUUAUCGUUUGCUGAUACCUAAGAUCUACUUGACCAGAGUUAGGUACUGUUUUAGUGAAAGAACCUGAUGAAGCUUCAUAUUGGCAUGGCAUGAACAUUCGUGGCUCGAGUUUUGCUUGGGUUGCAUGAACAUUAACAUAGUGUCAUUAGACAAGAUGUGUUAGCUUUUUGUUUGGAUUUUGCAUGGUAAAGCCUUUAUUUGUGCGAAGGAUUUGAGAUAUUGUUAUCAAUUAUCAUACAGCGCAGCCCAUCAACAUUGAAUGGCC